AUGAGGUUACCUUCCGCAGAAUCGCCGAUGGCCAACCAACGGCCGCGUAAUGUAUAUUUGAAGGACAUGCAGGUGACGCCCUGCCGCUCAAUUACCUUAUUACACUUCAGGGAGAGAGCCCGACAAAAGUUCAAAAACAACACUCGCUACGAAUUGAAAAUAAGGACGUGUUCUGCUGUGACCAUUGUCACCGAGAGAGACAGAGAGAGUUACCGGUUUGACCGGUAUCGCGAAGUCUCGCCGUCGCCGUUCGAUGCGCGCUUCCAGUCCGACGUGCGUUAUUCACUCGUCGAUACCUCAGAGAAGAUAUCGAAGCGGAAGAAUGACAGACUGACUCUGUCGAUCGAACUGGGCAGUGUGGAGAAAAUGGAGACGACCGGCACCAGUGAUCCGACAGCGGCGACGGCGAUCUCAACAACCAUCGCAUCUCCUCAGAACUCAAUCAGCCUGACGAUUGGAGGCGACGGCACGAUCACCGGUAGGAAAGAUCGCCAGCGAUCGCAAUCGCGUAUUACGCACAUAUUCCCGAACCCCUUCAAGCCGGUAAGUUCAACCACUGUUCAUGGAUUUCAUACUUUUACCUCUCGAUGCUAUUUGGUGAAGACAAGGGUAUGUCAUUCACUCCAUUUGACCUCCGUCUUCCUUGUCCGUGUAUUGAGAGAGCAUUCGUUAUUUCAUUGCCAACGACGACUAGGCCCGAGUUCCAGACGAAACUCAAAAAAUCUUAGUUUCUAUGCCUACAACCAUUUCAUGGUAAAACUUCAUUGCAGAAUAGUUCUUCCUUUAGCCCAUUGGUACUGAAC